UCAAACCCAUCGGAUUUUCAGAGCGCGUCGAACGUCAGGCGUUCAAAGAGGAGCAAAGAUGGCGGACAACAAAAGCCAAGAUUGUACGGAGCGCUCCGCAAAUAUGGAGGUAGAGGCUUCGGGAACAGAAGAUAACGGAGACGGCGGCUCAAAGGACCCAGAAGCCGUCAUUUUAAUCGACUCGGACCCGACGGAAGGCGCAGACGAGCUCAAGUCUCAAGAGACCGUUCCCCAAGCGCUGACGACAUCCAGCAGCGGCGGCGGAGCUACAGACGGGACCCCAAAUGCCGAGAGCGCUGAGCCGCCGUCCUCCUCCUCAGCGGACAGCACCGCUGCUGGCGCAUCACCCGCUCUCAUUAACGAGAUGUCACCUCCUCCUCCACCAGCAUCCUCAACCUCCUCCUCUUCAACCCCUGCCGUCCCGAUAAACCUACUGGAUACGUGCGCUGUGUGUAAACAGAGUCUCCAGAACCGCGACUGUGAGCCCAAACUCCUGCCCUGCCUGCACUCCUUCUGCCUCAAGUGCAUCCCGCAGCCGGAGCGAAAGAUCACCAUCCCGGUGCAAGGGCCCCACGGACAGGACACUCGUAUUGUGAACGUCAUGCGUUGCGCGGUGUGCCAUCAGGAGUACAAACAGAUUGACAUGGUGGACAAUUACUUUGUCAAGGACACUUCAGAGGCCACAAGCACAUCGGUUGAGAAUGCUACACAGGUUUGCACCAGCUGUGAAGAUAAUGCCAGUGCUAUUGGAUUCUGCGUUGAAUGUGGGGAGUGGCUCUGUAAAACCUGCAUUGAAGCACAUCAACGGGUCAAAUUCACUAAGGACCAUAAAAUACGCAAAAAAGAGGAAGUAUCUUCUGAAUCGGUUGGGACAUCAGGCCAGAGACCUGUCUUCUGUCCAGUACACAAACAAGAGGCCCUCAAGCUCUUCUGUGAGACAUGUGACACUCUAACCUGCAGAGACUGCCAACUACUUGAACACAAAGAACACAGGUACCAGUUUCUAGAAGAAGCCUUUCAAAACCAGAAAGGCAUCAUUGAGACAUUUAUGACUAAGUUGCAAGAGAAGAGAAACUUUGUGGAGUUUUCUGCAUCUCAGGUGCAAAACAGAAUGAAAGAAGUUGCUGAAACGCAUAAGAAGGUGGAACAUGAAAUAAAAAUAGCAGUCUUUACACUCAUCAAUGAAAUCAACAAGAAAGGCAAAUCUCUACUGCAGCAGUUGGAGAGUGUGACCAAAGAGAGGAGUAUGAAGCUGCUCAGCCAACAGAGGGACAUCAGCAUCCUGGCCCAGCAGGUCAUCCAUGUGCUCAACUUCACCAACUGGGCCAUCAGCAAUGGAAGCAAUCUGGUUAUUGAAAAAGUGUCACAUACUGCUCCUCCCCAAAUGAUGGUCAAUCAGCAGAUUUCUCCCAGUCACAACCACCCAGGUAAGCACUCAGGACAGAUCAACCUGGCCCAGCUGAGGUUGCAGCACAUGCAGCAGGCUGCAAUUGCUCAGAAGCACCAGCACCACCACCAACAACAACAACAACAGCAGCAGCAGCAGCAGCAGCAACAACAACAACAACAUCAGCAACAAAUUCAGCAGCAGAUGCGCAUCGCCUCACAGAUGUCCCAGCAUCCCAGACAAGGAGGUCCACCACAGAUAACUGGUAUACAGCAACCGCCACCAAGGCUCAUUAGUAUGCAGGCCCUGCAGAGGGGUGGGGUUAAUGGCUCCUCCCACAUGUACCCACCUCAUCACCUGCGCAUGGUAUCAACGCAGAAUCGCAUGCCUUCGGCACAGCCCCGACUCAAUGGGCAACCGUAUCCUAUGAUGCAGCCUCAGUUACAGAGACAGCACUCUAAUCCUGGGCAUGCUGGGCCCUUCCCUGUGGCGUCGCUACACAACAUUAGUGCUGCCAACCCCACCAGUCCCACCAGUGCCAGUAUGGCCAAUGCCCACAUUCACCGUGGCCCCACUAGUCCUGUUGUCGCCCCCAUAGAGCUCAUACCAUCAGUCACUAACCCCGAAAACUUGCCCUGCCUGCCUGACAUCCCUCCCAUUCAGCUUGAAGAUGCCGGCUCGAGCACACUGGAUAACAUACUCAGUCGAUAUAUUUCUGCUAGUUCAUAUCUUGCUGUUGGCCCCACCAAUCCCUCACCGGGACCUUCUACACAUUCCCCAGGAUCAUCAGGUACUUUCUUGCCACCAAGGCUCAUUAGUAUGCAGGCCCUCCAGAGGGGUGGGGUUAAUGGCUCCUCCCACAUGUACCCACCUCAUCACCUGCGCAUGGUAUCAACGCAGAAUCGCAUGCCUUCGGCACAGCCCCGACUCAACGGGCAACCGUAUCCUAUGAUGCAGCCUCAGUUACAGAGACAGUUUGGUUCAUAUUGUACAAUGUCUAUCUUUUGUUGUUGUUGUUCUUCCUCAAACCAGAUGAGCAGCCCAGAAGGAAGCGUGACUCCCCCUCUUCCCAUCCUCGGCUCUGUGUCCACCGGUUCAGUCCAGGACAUUUUAAGAACACUUGGUGAAAAUGUUAAAUCUGAACCACAGAGCAAUCAGCUCUCAUCCUGUACGAACCCAAACUCCAGCGCACCUUUAACCAAUGGGACCACCGAGUCAAAUGGUAGUCAGCAGGGGAACACCGCUAACGCCAACAACCAGACCACUGUAGGAAAAGAAGACGACCCGAAUGAGGACUGGUGUGGCGUGUGUCAGAAUGGAGGUGAACUGCUGUGCUGUGAUCGCUGUCCUAAAGUCUUCCACAUGACCUGCCAUAUCCCAACACUCAAAUCUUCUCCCAGUGGAGAUUGGAUGUGCACCUUCUGCAGAAGUCUCACAAAUCCAGAGAUGGAAUACAACUGUGAUGACGAUCCACCCAGUAAGAAGGACAUGAGUGAGAUGGCAAUGAGUCCGGAGGACCAGAGACGUUGUGAGCGCUUGCUGCUGCACGUGUUUUGUCAUGAGCUCAGUACAGAGUUUCAAGAGCCUGUUCCUUCAUCGGUACCCAAUUACUAUAAAAUAAUAAAGCAUCCGAUGGAUUUGACGUUGGUAAAACGGAAACUGCAGCGCAAACAUCCUCUGCAUUACAAGAGCCCUAAAGAGUUUGUGUCCGACGUACGCCUGGUCUUUAGCAAUUGUGCCAAAUUUAAUGAGAUGUCUCGAAUAAUCCAGGUUUAUGAUGAGGAGAAACAGAGUAAUGUUCAGGCCGACUCGGAAGUGGCACAGGCGGGCAAAGCCGUGAGUCUGCAUUUCGAGGAGAAACUGCUGGAGAUUUUUCCCGACCAGACGUUCCCGCUAGCCGUGGAGAAGGAGAUGCGAGCGGAGGCCGAUAAGGAUUCGGAGGACUCUGACGAUGACUUCGUACAACCGAAACGCAAACGCUUAAAAGUGGACACCGAGAAGCUGUUGCACAUCAAGUGAAGGAAUGAGGAAACGUCUGCGAGAAAUAAACGGUCUUCCUCAAGCUCAGUCUUAUUUUGCUCUCUGAAGGGUGGGAUAACGCUGGAACUGAUGCGAUUCAGAUGCUUCGUUUAUUUCAUGUUCUCCCAAACCCCUGGCGAUCCAUUGUACGUACUGCGGGAGAACUUUUAAACGUGCAUUGUGGAUGUUGGCAUCAUCGGAGGAUCGACAAAUGAAUUGUUGGGUGUCGAUGAAGACGCUUGUACAGAUUUAAAUAGUCUUGUUUUGGUCUGAUUUAGUAAAUAACUUGUUUUUCUUUUUUUCUUAAACUUGAGUUAUUAUUAUAUUUGUAAAUCUAUUGUGAAUUAUACUUUAUAAAUGAUACUCAUCUCUCCCUACGGUUAUGAUAAAGUUUAUCAUAUAUGGCCCACCUGUUUCCUUUGCAUGUGUAUUUUCUUAUUCCUAGUUGAAAUCCCUUCAAUAGGGGACGUUUGAUCUUUAUUUUCAAUAAAACGGUGACCUCUGGAUUGUUGGAAAGUUUAAUCGUAGACCCUUUAGCUCAAAAGAUGCAUAUUAAAUGGGUGUCUGUGCCACCUGACAAAAGCCAAUACAAAAGUUCUUUCAACAAGCAUUGCUUAUUUCAUUCCAAUAAUGUAAGAACUCCAGUAUUGCUAGUGUUACAUUUAAAAUGGUUACAGCAUUAAAUAAUA